GUGUCAUCAGUGCUAGUUUGAAGAAGUAAAAUGAUCAGAAAUUUUGAAAGAUUUUUAACUUGCAAUUUUCGUCAAAUUACGGCUCAAAGAAGGAACCUAAAUGUUCAAAACUUUAUGAUAGCAAGGAGCUAUUGUCAGCUCUCCAAAAUGUGCUGGAAUUGUCAUGCGACACUGCAUGAAAAUGUAGAAAUCUUCUGUAAUUCAUGUAAUCACAUACAGAGAGUUCCUAAAAUUUCUUUUGAGGAUUACUUUGAUUUGUUUGGCAUCCAAAAAGACCCCAAAGUUAAUUUGAAGGAACUGACAAAGAGAUUCCGGAAUGUUCAGUCACAAAUACAUCCAGAUAAAUUCUCAACAAAAAGUGAAGCAGAACAAAGUUUGAGCUCGGAAUGGAGUUCAUUGGUUAAUAAAGCAUAUAAAACUUUACAGACGCCGGUUCUUCGAGGCGAAUAUCUAUUGAGUUUGAAAGGAAUCACAAUAUCUGAAAAGAAUACAAUUGAAGAUCCAGAAUUUCUGAUGGAAGUUAUGGAAAAAAAUGAGACUGUUGAAGAGGCUGAAACAAAAGAUGAUCUUUUAGUGUUACUUGAUGAGCUACAGGAUGAGAUAGCAGACGUUAAUAAUAAAUUCGCGUCAGCAUAUCAGUCUAAAAACUAUGCGGCAGCAAAAAAUUAUUUAAUCAAAAUGAAAUACUUGAUGUCAAUUGAGAAUAUAACUAAGGAAAAGAUUCAACGAUUCUGAAGUCUCUAAAGUGCAAUACCGAUGAAUCACGUCUCUCCAUUUAUGAAUUGUGCUUAAUCUUUGGUAUUUGUAAUAAAAUAUAAUAAAUCUGAC